AUGUCGGAAACAGAAACUUUAAGGGAUGGUCAUUUUCACACGUCGGGUCCGACUUACAACAUUGAGCGGUUCUCUCCCCUUCCAGUUGCCUCUGGCUUAGAUCAGUCACCUAACAGAAAAGGCGUCAAGUUCUCUGAAGAUGUCCAAUUAUCUCCGCCAAAGAUAAUGUCGUCUCCUAGAAGGAGACACACAGCUACAAAACCUAUUUUAAAGUCAUCAUCUCCUGCCUCCUCUGCUAACUCGUCUCCCUUGAGGAAACCUAACGGAAGUGGGUGCUUACCGACUGAUCUCAGUUUCUGGUCUUCUGGAUCCAUUAUCGCAACAGCUCCAGGUACCGAGAGAGCAAUAUCAGUGCUUAUUGGAUCAUGUAAGGUGUUACGGGAUCCCAAUUUCAAAUACAAAUUUGAAGCUUACGCUACAAUGAACGGAAUACUGCGAGAAAAUAAGAUUAAUUUCAUAAAGGCGCCCCUAAGUGAAUACUCAGAAUAUUUGAUACAGGAGACGUUGGAAGAUAUUUGCCAUUAUGAAGCUUACUUGACUAACACAACCAAUUCGGAAUUGGACCCCUUCCUAUUGCGAACAACUAUACAAUCCAUUAAAGUUUCAUCUUUCAUCUUAUCAAACCCUGACUUAUCUUUCAAGUUAUCCAACACGCUCUGUUCGAAGAUAAUGGUCAAAUGUUGUGAACUGUUGACGAAUCAAAGUUUGGGUAAAUCUUUGUCGGCUGCUCUGUUGCAAUUGAUCAAAGAGGAAUCGGUGGAUCACAAAGUAAUAUCUUUGAAUCCAUACUUCGCCGAAACAUUGCUAUCCUCGGUGUUGAACAUGAAGUACUUUCAUAGUGCCACGCUACUCAUGGAGAAACUUUUCAUCAUCAAAUGCUUUUUAAUCAAGUUCAAACGUACCAUGAUUAAGAGUUUUAAUUCCUGGUUUCCAUUUGUCUUUGCAUGUUUAACGGAUACUUCACAUCCUACGUUCUUCAAAAUCAUUCAAUCUGCUACCAAUACUUUAAGGGAAUGUUCAUCUCAAUUUCAAUACAACAGAAGCAUGAAUGAGCUCACUAACAUAUUCCUGACCAGUCCCAUGACUUCAUCAAUGCAAUCGAUUCACUCUGAUACUAGUCGAUCGAACGCAAAGGGAAUUGAGGUGCUGGUACAGAAUCUGAUCAAGUUGAGCUCCAUAAGCUCGAUGGAAUGCGCCACUGCCAUAAAUAUCUGGACCCAGUUUACCUUGUUGUUUAACGUGUUUACUGCUACUAAUAGCUUUGAUCUCUGGAGCUUUAAUCAGUUGUGGCUGUCUCCGUUAGCUUACUUUGAGGAAAAUGGACCCCAGGAUUCCAAAUCUUUGUUGGAAGUUUUUAAAUGUUGGAAAAUCAUCACCCAAUAUUGCUUCUUUUCUGAAAAGUUGAAUAGCUUUCCUUCAAACUCCAACCCUGAAAAACUCAACAAAAUGACCCUUUUGAUUGGACAGCCACUAGCAGUUUUCCGCAGAAAGAAGAUAGAAAUAGGAUCUAAAUUAUUCAAAGAAAUAACAAGUUAUCAAGAUUGGGUUUUCUUUACCAUAACGAAAGCUUCCAAAUCCAUAAAUGAUCCAAUUUGUAAACAACAACUAUUCCAGAACUCAUUUGUCGCAGUCCUCAAUCAAGCAUUUACGGGAACUGGCUCUAAGCUUGAUGAGGCGGGAUCCGAAUUGGCAGUGAAUUAUGUUCCCUGUUUCAUUGAUUGCUCAUGGGCACCUUUGCUACCUUUACUAAGUGUUUCUGCAAUGCUUGAGAUACUACAGCGUAAUAUCACUUUGGAAAAGGGCAAUGCCAAACUGCUUGAAUCCUAUUUGACGAGUGCCCUAAGUGAGAUGGAUCCGUCUACAAGAAUAGAUUUCAACGUUUUCUACAGCUGUUGGGUCAAGUUAACGGGAGGACCGGAGAAUAUGAUACGAUCGUUUCCGUUGGUGGAAGUGAUUCAUUAUCAUAGGACUUCGAAGUUACCCAUUAAGGAGUUGCUUCGGAGUUGGUAUUCGAUCGAAAGGAUGCAAGUGAUCUUCUUGCAAAGAUUGUUGGAUUACUCCACCAGAGAAAAUGACCUUGAGGUAAUUUCGGAUGUGGUGGUACCAAUCCUUUCUGACGGAGAGGGGAUUGAUAGCGGUCUUAUUGAAGGCACGAUUAAUAUUGUGACUCGAUUUAGUGAAGAAUUAUUUUUCGGUACGGAUAAAAGGAUCAUCACAAAAUUGUUUAAGGAAUUUGCUAGGGAGAAUCCGCUACCUGUCAAGAAUGAGAGUUUAGGGAAAUUAUUAGCCGCAGAGUUCGUAUCUUCAAACGCGUUGCCGCGGUGCCUCUUCCAAUUGCUAGAGAAUGGGGAAAUUGACCUGAAUCAAUACUAUAAUGCGAUUGACAAUUUGACUCCGUACAAUCCGAGGGUUUCGGGCUAUGUUUACCAAUUAGCAAUGAAGAAUUUGUUUUUGGUUAAGCAGUUGCAUCUUUCUUACACACAGUUCUCUCAGGUUGAUAUUACGGAAUCGUAUGUUGUUCCUGAUCUCUCAAAAUAUGCGACUGUUUCUCUAGACUCUCUUCCCCAGAGCUCCUUACCGGACACCGUGAAAAUUUCGCAGAUCACAUCAAAGGACUUGGUACUAACGGAUGGAGAAGAUGAAGAGGAAAUUACUAAUUCUACGGUUAGUCCUAAGAGGAAGAGGGUUGGAAAUGAUCAACAAUUGAAGAAAAUAAAGGUGGAUGAUAAUUUUAAAGUGCACGAGAUAAUGAGAAAUCUUCAAAGAACGAUUGAUGAAGGCUUGGAAAAGUCUCAAAGAGAGGAAUUGAUUGAUCAACUACUAUCAACUAUAGUCAUGCUAAGAAAUUUGGGCUAA